AUGACAACAUGUCUGAAAGACGUGUUUAUCGAAGUACCGCUGGCCAUCAAAGAGGGCACCACCGCCGUUAUGCGGUGCGAUUACGAUCUGGAAGAAGAAGCUCUAUACACGGUCAAAUGGUACAAAGGCCGGCAGGAGUUUUUCCGUUACGUGCCCAAAGAGUUACCGCACACGAGGGUUUUCCCAAUAGCCACCAUCAACGUGGAUGUAAGUCAGAAAUAAUAAUAAAACAUGCACUUAAUAAUUACUACGCGCUAGACACGGAUUUACACAAUUGCCUUUAGGCAAAUUUUAUAUUUCGCCCCUUUAAACUUAUUAAUAAGAAAACGAAUUUUUAUGUCCUUAUUUAACACAACAACUAAAAAAAAUAAAUCAUAUAAACUGUUCUAAUCAAACAAAUAUUGUUUAUAAUAUACAGGGUUUAUCUAUUAAUAAUAUCCGAAUAUUAAGUCUAUCCGCCUUGAGAGUUGUGAUGAAAAUAAUUGAAUGUAUAAUCAAAAUAAACAUAUGGAUAAUACCUAUUCUCUACUCGAUCCUGCCCUCUAUUUCAUAAUCACGAAGAAAAAUUUUAUUACAAUUUUAUCUUUCGGAUAGAAAAAAUUUGUAUUUAUGUAAACGUAGUGUGUAAUAACCAAUACUUGAUAAAUAUGUAUAAAAUUAAAUUAACUUUUGGAUUACGAAAAUGUAUUACUAUUAAUUAUAGGUAGGUAGUUUCCUUCAAUAGUAAAUAUUAAAAAUCACCUUAGAAAAUCUAAAAAAAAAAACCUAGUAGUCUCAAUAAAAUAUUGGCGUAAAAUUGCCGCCUUAGGCAACAACCAACUUUGCCUGACGCUAAAUCCUCCACUGCCGCGCUAUGUUAUAGUGCGGUUUAAUCACUUCGGAAAUCAUGAAAUCGGCCAAACGGAAUAACUGAUAACUAUAUUAUUAUGAUGAAACUCUAAACAUGGCUCAUUGCCAUCAAAAGUUCUCGUGCGCAUUUUCCGAGCAGGUUAAUAAUGCCCAACAAGAAAAUAUGUGGACAAUUUUUAUUAUUUUAAUUAAUUGAUUAAUUAAUUAAUUUUUUUUUUUUUUUUGUUUGAUUUUCAACAGGUCAGUGAAUCGGGACCGAACCAAGUAGUGCUGCGACAAGUAACGCCCGAAUUGGAUGGCAAAUAUAGGUGCGAAGUCAGUGCGGACGCUCCGACGUUUCACACACAAAUCGUAGCCGCUUGGAUGCACGUUGUCCGUAUGUAUAAUUAUAAUAUUUAGCUAACCUUUAAAAACUUAUAAUUGCCUGCAAUUAUAAAACAAAAUAUCAGAAAAAAAAAAAUAGGACAGCUGAAUUUUAGUAGACAUUUUAUUUAUUGGAUGGUUUUUAUUAACAUACCAAAAGUCCUCUAAGAUUUCUUGACAACUGCCUCCAUUAGAGCGCGCUUUGUGUAAGAAAAAUCAGUUUUUCACAAAUUACUCGGUUAUUUUUAAUACUUUUAAAGCCGCCCGUGAUUUAGGCAGUUACACCGUGACGACGCGUUGUUCAUACCGUGACGCGUUUACGCCUCAAUGUUAUUAGUAGCAUAACUCAAUUAAUUCAUAAAAUUUAAUAACAUUUUAUUAUUACUUUUUAACAGCUUUAUUGUUAUCUUUUUAUGUAUACAAUUUUUAGACAGUAUACAAACAUGUUAUAUAUCAUAUAUAAAAACAUAAAAUAUAUGUAUAUACAAUUUCCUAAUAUAAAAUAGCUAUAAAAUAAUUCGAAAAAUGUUUCAAAAAAUUAAUAAAUAUACUAAUUAUUAUAAACUUCUAAAAUUAAAAAAAAACUUUUUUAUAUUAUUUUGCAUGAUAAUUUUCGAAGUAGGAUCCUAAACAUAGUGGUGGAUUAUGUGGACAGAGAGCACAGUAAUAAGAUGUGUCUUUGCAUUUACCGCUUUCUUUACAGUAACUUCAUCGUUUUCGUUGAACUUUUAACGUUUUUUCGCUUUUUGAUAAGAGUUGUAGAGUAUGUACAAAUGGAACUGCAGUCGGUAAUUUAGUCGUAAUUUUACAUAGUUUUUCUCCGAGUUCAUCAGUUUUGUUUUAUUUUUUUUUUUUUAACAAUGAACGUAUGAUAUUCAACCAAAAAUUAUUAAAAUGUAUUUUACGUUAAUUUUUACAAUACAAAAGACAAGAAUUGAGAAGUAGCUGUUGUAAAAUAUGAAUACCAACUUUCUUGUACCAUCGAAGAGUUUUUCGUUCACACGGGUAGUAAGUAGGACAUAAUUUGGUCUUAACGAUCUACACCUGAAUUAUAAGUAGUUGAAAAAGUAAAUAAUAGUCAGCGGAUAAAAAUUAUGUAACAUGAAACUGAAAUAAAAUAACUUACCGUCAAAAUAAUUAUGAAUUGGUCUAGUUGUUCUAAAUAUGAGAUAAAACAAAAUUUACAGGCGUCCGUUAUAGUUUCGUGGAUAACGCGAAAUCAAACAAAUUAACUAAACUAGUGGCAAUGUAGACAUACUGCAUGAUAAAGUAGGUUACAAAUGUUACAAUAGUUGUUCAAAAUGUGUAAAUGAUUAAAUAUCAGUAGAAAUAUGCGUAAAAUAUCUAAUAUACACUUUGUAUACGUUCAUAUACAUUGUUUUGGAAAGGCCGUCAGAAACAACGAUUAUCCGUAUCUAAAAAUAACGAAAACUCAAACCAAUUAUAGAUUUGAAUUUAGAGUUUAUUGUCUACAACCUGUGUAUAUUCCAGAGAAUAUUAAAAUAAAACCGAUUAAAUUAUGGCGGAUACAAACGUAUACGUUACUGACGCAUAAACGAGUCGCUGGCUCAAUGGAAUAAACUCUUUUGACGAAUAUACGCGUCAGCGACAUUGAAAGUGUUAAGAUAAGAAGAAAAAUAUCCGUGCACCAAAUUAAAGAAAAAGAUUGCCUACAAAAAGUGUGCUUACAAAUUAAUUCAUGGGAACAAUAUGUACUUUGCUAAUCGUACAUUAAUUAUCAGUGUAUUGGAAAUUUCUGUUUUAUAACGUCGGUAAUUAUUGUAACUAACACAGUUUUUUCUUUAUAUUACGUAUGUAUAUUUAUACAUAUAUCAUUUUAAUAUUCAAUUUAUUUCUUUAUAUUUAUAAUUACAUGUUAAAUGUGCAAAUUAUUAAUGUAUGCAUAAUCUAUACAUAUUUAAACAUGCAAACGAGUUAUUACAUACCUAUAUAAAAAUAAAAUUAAUAUCGAUUAUGUGUUACAAUUUUGGUUACUACUUAAACUAUUAUUUUAAACUAAACUUUAUUAAUAAUAUAAUUAACUUUAUAUUUUAUUGAAAUUUUUUACAACCAAAUAUUAUUAUUAUCGCAGUCAUUCAAACGAAUGGUCAGGAGAGGAAUAAAUGCUACUCAAUAAAAAAAUGUGUGGAUAUGUGUGGAUUGCGGUUUGAAUAUUAUUAGAAAAAAAAUUACUUUAUUUCUUGUUUUGUUUCCGAAAUUCCCUAUAAAUUGUAAUGGUUCUUAACAUAUAGAAAUAAAUUAAUAAUUUUACAACAUUAUAAAUAAAAAAUAAUAGAAUACAUAAUAUAAUAUAAUAUAUUUAAUAAAUAAUUAAAAUAAAAAAUUUAAAAAAAAAUACAUACAAAUAUAAAAUUACAUAGUUAGAUAUUAUUUUUGCUUUCAAAUGGUAACGGACAUAUAAGUCACACCGCCAUUUUCUUUCCCCCACUAUUCGUUUAUACUUUGGCUACCCUGACUUCACCAUCCCUUCCUGGAAAUAUCUUCGUGACUUUUCUUAGGUUCCAGUGCAAUGGCGGCCAAUUGGUAUUCUUAAUGAACAAUAUUGUCCUAACCUACAUUUGAUCUUCCCCUGAUUGCUCCCAUUUUUGACGACUCUGGAGCUGAGUGAUAUAUUUAACACUCCACCUUCUCAAUAUCUGCUGUGACAUCUGCUGAACUCUUUGUCAUUGAGAUAAUAUAUUUUGGGAAAUCGUUGAUACGUCGGGCUCGGGUAACGCUACUAGCGAGUUUCCUGUCAAAAAUUGCGUAGGCGUAAAGACUGAUAAACCAUGUAAGUCGGUUGAUAAAAGAGUUAGGGGAACGUGAAUUAAGACAAGUUUCUAUUUGUAUUAAUAGUGUGUAAAAUUCGUUGUAAGUAAACUUGACUGCCGCAGAUAAACUUCGGUUAAGAUGUUUCUUUACACUGCGUACCGCCACUUCCCACAAGUGCUCUAGGCGGAUAAAAAUGCCACUGAAUUUUUCAACCGGUCAUAUACUGCUCGACGCAAGUCCGAUGACUUUCAAAAUUAAUAAGCAGCUGAAAAUCCUUAAUUUUACUAUUGAAACCCAUGAAACAUGUUGCAUCACCGAAUUUAUAAUCUUGUGUAAUCCUUGAUGGGAAAUAAAACAGGUGAGUUCUGCUAUAAACGACUCAGUUGAAAGGUCACAUACCAACUCCAAAUGUGUAGCCUUGAACGUAAAACAAACAAACAAGCACGUAUACGCUUUAUGCACUAUACUUUUCAUUGACUAUACUUUAUACACUUAAAUAAAAAUGACCCUGCAUAAUCUAAACCACAACGUACCAGUUUUUCUAUUUUUGUUUUUGGUAGGUAUUCCAUACUGGAUGAAAAAGCUUUUAGUUGUACCUUAAAGCAUAUGACGCAUUGACGAGUUAACUUUUUUGCCGUUUUCUAGUCGCCUAGUACGGCUAGUAUUGGCUAGUAUGGACCCGCGUGGAACUAUUCAUGUCGAAUCAACAAAAUAGAAAAAUAAAAUGCUUUCUGUAUUAAAAUAAGGUGUUGUGCACUAUAGUCGAUAUUAGUCGCAUUCAUUAACCGCCCACCCACGCGUAAAAUUCCGUCAUCGUCAAGUAACGCCUUUAAACUAAAUAUUUUACUUUUUUAGAAAUUUCCCGUUCAUUUUUCAAAACGCUAAUUUCUGUAUGAAAAUAAACACUUUAUAAAACUGAUAAAAUUGUUUUUCCUGUAUAACGGUAUUUUUUUUCAGUAUCAUCAUUUAAUACGUCCGUUUACGAAAUUUUUACGACCUCUCAAUUAACGAUCUAAGCAUUAAAAAAAAUUGUAUGCAUUCAACUAGAGUUAUCAACUUUUAUACUUAUAUUCUAUUUAAAAAAUAAAAUAAAAUUUGUAUAAAUUUGAACAUGCAGUAUAGAUAAUAACAUAUGAUAGGUAUUUAAAAAUUAUCAUAUAAUAAUAAUAUUAAUAAAAUUUAAAUAAUAAUAACUAUAUGUACGACAAUAUGUCAAUUAAAUUCAAUUAUUUAUUGAAUUAUCUAUUAAUGAAUAUAAACACAUACAUAUAUAAAACCAAAAAUAUAUUUUUUUUUUAUUUUUUAUUAUCGAAACUAUGUGUACAUUUAUGCAUAUUGGUAUUUUUUGUUUUAUUUUUGCAUACAGUAUUAAUUAAGUUUUAAAUGUUUGAAAGAGAUUUGUAUUAAACUGUAUAUAUUAAAUAAUCUAUGUUGAAUCCAAACAAAUUGAUUGUGUUUCUCACAGCACCGCUGUGUGGAGCAAAAACAAAAGGUGUACAAAUUCGGAAAAUAGUCAUACAGAUUGCAUACUAAAUUUUAGUAAAAAAAAUUGGCGAAAAUCGUAUGUGGGGAUGCUGUGGAAAUGUACGUACCGAUUGACAGUAUUUUCUAUAGUUGGGAGAUUAUUAUCUUCAUCUAGUAUUGAUUCAGUGUCAAUACCAUUAUCAAAUACUUAUAUAUAUAUAAACAAUUUUCAAACGAAAAAAAAAACAAUAUCGCGCGGAAAAUUCGCGUAAUUUAAGGCAUGGCAUAGCAAAAUUAGAGUACAUUACUAACCAAAGAGUGUUUUCAGAAAAAAAAAAAAAUACAAACAAGUCUUGGUAAAAUGUAUAACUUCUUGAAUAAAUACGCGACUAAUGUUUUCAUACUGAUAUAAUAUAUUAUACAUUAUACAGGACCUUUACGUGUUUAACAUAAGUCAACGUUAUAUCAGAAUAAUAUUUAUUUUUCUCCAAAAAUUAUUGUAAUAAUAUACUAACUUUCUGUAACUUUCGAAAUAUUAUAUUUCAUGGCCUCAUCGUCUCAAUGUUUAACAUUUCAAACAACAGAGUUUUUUUUAUAUACUUACGCAAAAUGUUUUCUGUAAUUAUUUGUAUAAUCGAUUCUUUUUUUCACUUGUAAUUAAAUUAAAAAUAAUCCUAAAUACUUGAAACUUCUAUCGAAUAUUUAUUAGUGCAUCUGAUUUGUUUACUAAUAAGUUUUUAAAAUUACCGUUUUUUUUUUUUUAAAUUGAAUAUGAUGAAAUUAAUUAUUAUUCGAAUGAAAUUCAAAAAUUGUAUACUUUUCACUCAUAUAUGCUGUUCUAAUGACAAUUUGUUUUUUCAUAUACGUUUAAAGUUUAUAUUUUUAUGAAUGUCAUAAAAAUCACGGCAUUUUUCUAUUGAUCUGAUAUUCUGUUGUAAUUAUAUUAAGCACAUUUUAAUGUUUAUUAAAAUUAUGAAAAAAUUUAAUUUCUUUCAUAAAGUUAAAAUUAAUGUACAACUUUCAAUUUUAAUUUAUCAAAAAAUGUUUCACAGAACUUCACUAAAAAUUGUUUUCAUUGUUAAAUUUUUAUCAGAUAUAGAUAUUAUAUAUUUAAUUAGAUACCUAUUAAAUAUAUUACCUAGUCUAUCUUGCAACUUCUCAAAUUUGUACUUACAAAAAUUUUGCACCUAUGGUGAGUCAUCCUCUUUAAUAGGUUCUUUUUCCAAAUGUUUUUUUAAAGAUCACUGGACUUCUUUUGGACUUUAUUUUCGUUAUUAAUAUUGCGUUUUAUAAAAUGUGUUAUAUCUACUCGUAUUCGAAAUAUUUUAAAGUUUAAUAUUUAUUUUUGUUCCGCAAUGCUGUACUAUCGGAAGCCAAUGGAACAGAUGGGUUUAUCUCCUGUAUUGUUUAAUUUCGAGAAUAUUGAAUUGAGUCCUAAAUAAUCAAACAAAUAUUAUUGGGUUGUUUGAGUCCCGUCAGUCUAUUAGUGUUAUCCAGAAUCAGCCCUCUUACAGAUUGUUGAGCAGUAUCCCAAAAAUAGUAUGUGCUGUGUAUUAUAAUUUGUUUAAAGUGUUUAAACAGUCACACAUAACAUUUUUUUUUUUUUUAAAUUCUGAACACACUGAGGAAUGUAUUGGUUUUACAGAGAUAUUUUUUUUUUUUAUGUGAACAAUUUUUCUACCCAAAAGCUUACUGUGACAUAUACGAUGAAGAUCUUUUUCUGAAAAGAAGUUUUCUUAGAGUGGUACUUAAAGAUACCGAUUUUUCGGGAGGUUUUUCUCAUAAAAUGUGAAAAACUGAAGAAAAACCGGGAAAUGUACGAAAUAUAUUAGUAAAAUAUCACGAUUUUUUUUUUCUGUGGACAACUUUUCUACUAGCAAUUUCGUUCCAAUUUACAAUGAAAGCAUUUUUUCUAAAACGAAAUCGGACUGAAAAGGUACUUUAGGGUGGUCAUUUUUCGAUUUUUCCAAGAAUUUUCCCGACAAAUGUAAAAAGAAACGGAAAAAACAUAGGAUAACUAGGAAAAACUUAAGAAAAAUGAAAAAAUCGGUACAACAUUAGACAAAUACUAUUAAAGAAAAUAUAAAAUGCCUAUUUAAUUAUUUUACCAUAAUAUAACAUAUAUAUUGUUGAUAAAACAUCAUUAUUAACUGAACUCCGCUCAGAAUCGUUUUUAAUAAGCAAUAGUUUAUUGUUGCUUACAGAUAGAAAUAAAAUUCCCUGCUGUAUCCUACCUUCCUAACUUCUCAUCUAAAACAGUGGCUACACCCACGUGCGAAGUGUGUCCGUCUUUUUUAUUUUCUAUCUGUUAGCAACUUCUCUACAGGAAAUCUUAAUUUGGAAAAUUAAUUAAAAGGGAGUUUUUCUAUAGCCUUUUAAGUCAUGUUGGUGCACUUUUUUCGAUUUUUUCAACAGUGUUCAUAUUAGCUGGAAAAAAUAAAGUAAGAAAAACAGGAAAUAUUACGGAAAUAACGGUUUCAUUAUUUUUCAUUUUGAUUCUUGGUUUUAAUUCAAUUAAAAAUAUUUAUAUACCUAAUGUUUAUAAUAUUAAUUCUUUAUAGACGUGGUAAAAUUAUACAAAAUAUUCGGGCAAUUUUCUAGCUAUUAAUCGACAUUUGACAUUUUUGAAUUAUUUUAGUUAUAUUCUUCUUAUUUUAAUACGAAUAAUUCAGAUUUAAAAUCAAAUAAACUGAAAAAAAAAAACGGUUUUGAGUGAAGUUCAGUUGAUAGUGUUGCUUUGUCAAUAAUAUAUGUCAUAUUAUGGUAAAAUAAUUAUAUAUGCAUUAAACAAUUUGUUUAAUAUUUUAUUCUCCCAGUUGUUCCCGUUUAUUGGGAAAAUCAAAAAAAUGACCUCUUUAAAUUACCUUCGUAGUCAGAUUUCCUUUUAGAAAAAGUGCUGCCAUUGUAAAUCAAAACAAUAUUUCUGUUAUAAAAACUAUUUAUAGAUAAAUAAAAAACUGAAUUUUUUUGUAAAGCCAUUAGUUAUCUUCGCUCCACUCAGAAUCUAAAAUACCUAGAAAACUUGAAGUCUCCGUUUAGCUAAUUCUCUGUUUAAGCGCAAUAUUAAUUCAAUUUACUUUAAGUACCCAUACAAUAACGGUAUGUACUAUUAUAUUUUCAGGAACAAUGGACGGUAAACCAGAACUACAACUCGAAAAGCCACAAUAUUCUCCUGGUGAAAAACUCAGAGCGAAUUGCUCGUCGCCACCCUCGAAUCCGCCUGCUAAUAUCACUUGGUUCAUAAAUGAUAAGGAGGUCAGUAAAAAUAUUGUUUAUAUUGUUAUCGUUAUAACAAUAUGUUAUAAAUGUAUACGACGUCAAAGUUAAAACAAUUGUGCACGCUAUAUAUUUUAUUUAGUUGGAUCCUUUUUUAGUUGUUGUUUAAUCGCCACUAAAAAUACAACGAAAAAAUAGUUUUAUCUUAAGUUUUCUUUUUUCAUUGUUAUUGUCCGAUUUUGUAACCUGUUUACAAAAACUCUGCUCGCUUUUAUCUGGCUGCUUAUAAUUUUCACCGGAUAGACAUAAGACAACGUCAUCUUAUCACCCAACUCCCAGCAUAGUUAAUUAAUUAAACAAACUCUACAGACGUAUUUCGGUUCGUUAAUUGUUUUCCUAGAACUUACUCAAAAGAAUGAUAUUUUAAUUAAAAUGUAUUAUGUUUAUGUAAAUUAGUUACUUUUUAACCUCUUUUUGUCCCAAGUGCAAUACCCAAUGGUCUUAAAUCUGUUGGAAAUAUCUGAUAUAAAAUAAGUUUAAACUUAUUCUUUCUUAGAUUGUACCAACAAUUUUUUACUACAGUUAAGUUUCAACAAAUUCAAGAUGCGUUAUUUUUUUAUACAGUAUUAUCUGUUUUAAGAUUUACAAUUUUAUAUAUUAUAGUUAAUACAAUGUAUGUUAAAGAGUUGACGGGUAUUCGUAUAAAUAUAUCACGACACAUUAACGAAAAUAUUAGAUAACAUUUCAUAUAUAGUUAAACGGCCAUCACAGUAUGAUAUAUGGAAUCUCUCUGUUUAGGUGAUUUUUCAAUAAUGUGUUCGCGUAAAACAAAUUUAAAAACCUUUAAAGUGGGUUUUAGAGAUAAACACUGUAUAACAUAAUUCGUAUAUGAUAACAUUUUGAAGGUAAUUUGGUCGGAGUUUUUGAAAAUAGCUAUUGUUAUUUUUUUAUAUUUAUAUUUAUUUUAUAUUUAAGAAAAAAAGUAAUGUUAUAUACGAUUCUUUGUAUCUUCGAUAACGAACUGAAUAUUAAGAGAGUAUUGUAAAACAUCGAUGUAGCUAUCUUAAUAAAAUAUAUCAUCUACAAAUACUAAGAUAAGCUAAUUAUAAACAUUUUCUCGUUUGUUUUACGUGAACACAUUUUGCUAUAAAUAUGUUCAGUUAAACAGACGAAAAUAAUACAAUACUAUUAUUAUACCUAUAAUGUUAAGAAAGUAAUAAAAUUGUCUGUAUCAAUCUAUCUAACGGACAAAAUAGAAAAAAAUGUGUUUUCGUACUUCCAAUAAUACCCAAGAUUUAACAGACCUAAAACAAAAAUUAUUCCAACAAAUUAAAGAGUGAUUUUUGUAUGUAUUUAUAUAUAAUUUUCUACUAGGAUAAAAACAAAUUUAAUAAAUUUUUUUUUUUCAUUUUAUAGUUUAAAGUACGAAUAUCUUCUCUAAAAUGUAGACAUCGGAAAAUUUCCGAAAACAUAUUUUUACUAUAUUUCUCGUUAAAUAGACAGACCAAAUAUUACUGAAACGCCAUUUUUAAGAUUAUUUUGAACGUAGGAUAUUUGCCCAUAAAAAUGUUGAAAAAAUAGAAACGCGUAUACAGUACAUGUACAGACUAUAGGUAAUUGGCGUAAAAUAAGGUACUGAAAUUAUAAACAGAGCGCACUGUGUAUAGUAAAAAUAUUAUUAAGAUACUACUCGUAAACUAAUUUAUGUAUAAAAAAAAAAGUCAUAUAAAAUGAAGAUUUGUGUACUACAUAAUAUUUGGUCGACUAAAUUCGAACAUUUUGAUAUAAAAAAAAUAAUGUAGGCAUUAAUUUGUUUAAAUUAUUCUGCUUUUUAUACUUAUUAAACCAAUUGAUAGUGAUGCUUGAUUAUGAUUCGUAUUAUAUUUAAUUGGCUGUAUUGUAAAAUAUGAACAGGUAUCAUAUUUAAGAUGAAUGAGUUUUAUAAUUGAGUAGCGCCUUUAAUUCGAUCGUUCUAAACGGUCUUAAUCGAAUAAUUGAAUAGAAGUACUAAUUUAGAAUCGUAUAAUAUAGUCAUUCAUGUUUGUAUUUUUUUUAAUUUUUUUAACUUAAUUUCGUAAAUAAUGUCCGUCGAGUUUUUCAAAUGAGUUUAUCGUUAUUUUGGUUAUCAAAGUUCUAUUUGUUAUAAAUUUACGGAGAAAGGGGAGGGAUAAUAGAAUAUAUAGUGCUGCAGUUGUUAAAGCGGACAAAACGCAUUUUAUUUUUACGUGAAUCCGUGUCAUCUGUCUAAGGUUUUCUGCUGUAACGAACCUACAAUAUUUCGUGAUUGAUAUGUCCAAACAGUUUAAAGAGAUAAAUCGUAAACACAUCUUUGAGCGAAGAGUGCAAAAGUGUUAUAUACGAACGAAUUUUGAUUCAUUUACUUCAUUUAUCCAUUAUCUGUACCGACCGUAAAUAGAGUACAGUACCUAUAUAAUAUUAUUUAAAUAUUUCCGUAAAUAAAAUAGUAUAGAUUUAUGUAUACAUGGUGUUAUUGGGCGUGUAUCUGUUAAAAACUAUAUGUGUACUAUUUUUUUUUUUUACUUUUUUAAGUCAGCUUGGGCGGUUUUAUCAUUGUAAGUAUAUAUUCGAUCUUCUGCGAUUAUACGUAUAUAGGAGGUUAAAAUAGGGGAAAACGAUAUUGACAUUUGCACUAAUUUCCACAUGCGGCGCUAAUGGAUAAAAGAUUAGACAAAAUCCAUUUUAAAUGAAAGAAACGAUCUAAAAGAAAUACGUUGUUUCCCAAAUAAAAAUCUAAAAUACUGAUAUUCUAUAUUAAACCCGGUUUUUUUUUUCAUUUUUUGCACUAUUGCAUUUCUAUAUGUUAACACAAAAGAAACUCUGAAAAUAGUAAUUAUAAAAAAAAACAUGGCAAAAAUAUGUUACUAUACUCGUGUGCAUUUAAUUAGUUGUCAAAUUUUAAACCACAAACUCUAUAUCUAAUAAUAUGAUACUAUUGGGGUUUUAAUUUGACAAUUGGAUACAUUUGUCGGAUUACGUUAUGUUUUCUUGAUGACUUUUAUAACUAAAAACAAGCUGAUAUUUCUUCCUGUUAAAAUCUACAAUAGUUCGUUUAAAAUAAUACUUAAACGGGGUUUAUUUUUUUUUAAUGCCCAUUUGAAAGAUUAUAAUAUUAUUAAUUGUAUUGAAAUAACUCACUAGGUGUGUAAAUUUAAAAAAAAUGCAACAUUACCUACGAUUUUUUCAUUAUUUUACUUCAGCGAUAUAAUAGUCCUACGUUUAGAAAUAUUUGAUUUUUCAAUUUUAAAAAAUUAAAAAUUAAAAAUACAUAUGAUUAUGUUAAUGGUAAUGUUUUUCAUAAUAUUACAAAUUCAACUGUUUCCUGCAUAAUCAAUUGAUUUGAAUUAAUUAUUUCAAUGAAAAUUAUACAUUAGACAUUGGGCUGAUUUACUGAAUUUUUGACAAUUUUUGUCAUAGAAUAAAUUAUAAGCUAUAAUAUUAUUGAGAAGUUUCAAAAUGUAUUAUUAUGUAAACAGGUUUAUAGUUGUAUUAAAACAAUAAUAACAUAAUCGAUUAUUAUUAUUAGUUAUACAAUUUGUAUUUCGUAUUCUUUAUCGGUUUAUUAUUUUAUAUUCAUUCUUCAUUACUGCGUUUGUAUAUUGCACUCUGUUUGUUAUUCUACGCACCCGCGAUCCAGAAAACACUAAUAUGUUUUUACGUAUAUGUAAAACUGUAUAACAUUCAUAAUAAACCCACAUAUUUCCAAACCUAGUUUAAAUUGUAUUAAUUACACAUUUCUUAUCUGAAUCCCAUUCAAUGUCCCAUUCCCACAAAAGACACGCCCUUCUCAGUAUUGCGAAUCCCACAUUGUACACAGAAUUGCAUUGUAAAAUAGACAAUUAGCGCCUGUGUGCCAAACAAUAUCAAAUCUAUUAAAUAUACUUAAAAGCUUUAAAUGUUAUUAUAAAAUAUUGGAGUGUGUAUUAAAUGAAAACAAAAUACCGGAUUACUAAUUUAACAACUAUCGCAUUGAAUUUAUGUUAACGCCCGCAACCUGUGGAACGUUACAUAAUAUAAAAUGUGUGUUUAACGAUAAAAUAGUGUCCUUUAAUUUAUCUUGUAUAUCUUUGUUACCGAUUAUAAGUGAUUCGGAAAUAUCCCCAAACCUAUUAUCGAGUUUUACAUCUGUUGGUCUAUAAAGUAACGUGGCAUAAUGUGCUAAUUGAUUCAAUUUAAGUAUAUAUUUUAUACUUAUGUCGUUAUAUACCUAUAUUAGACUCGUAUAUCUUCACGUUGCGUAUUCCGUAUCACUAGAAUUCAAUCGACGUCAUAAGGAAUUAGACCGAGUCAAAUGAUCGGUUUGUGAUUGAACGAAAGAAAAAGAACUAAAAACAAAAAAACAUUUCACAGCGCUCAUUAUCGAACUAAAUCCUUGGACGCUUGAUGAUAGACGCUAUGGAUAUAGCGUAUCCAUAUCCAAGAAUGAAUUUUAUUAGGUCAAAUCAAAAAUGACUUAAAAUAUAAAUUCUUGUUUAAUAAUUUGUACUUUUAAGUAUUUUAUUAUUAUUUUUGUUUUAAAUGCAAAGGUUAAAUAUUAACUCAUUUAUUAUGCAUAUAGGUCUUACUAUACAAGAAUAUUUUCGCUCGGUUGUUAUUGACGAUAAUUUUAUUCAUACAAAUAAAAAAUAUAUUAUAACAUCAAAAUAUAGAGUAUAGACAUACCAUUCCCAAAUUCCUAAAAGUUCCUUUGGAUGAGAUAUCGACCUACCAUGUAUAGAUUAAUUUGUUUUUACCUAAAGGGGAAACGGAAAUAGUGAAAUCAAAAAUUACUAGUAUGUUGGUGGAUGACUAUGAGGUAAAAGUAGUUAUUCUGAAUCAAAAGUAAAAAUUAUAGCAUUCAAGACAGGUAGUUCCGGGAUUUUUACAAUAUUUAGAAUACAUUUGUAGACUAAUAUAUUUUGAAACGCUAAAAAUAUAAAGGGAAAUUAAAAAUAUUGGAGGGUUUCCAGGUAUGUAGCUAGGGAGCCAGUAAAGCCAGUGAGAAAGUAAAAAUACGGGUAGAUAGGCUAGUGAAGUAGAAAGUUGUUAAAAAAAAAAUGUUGAGGGGCGUUGAGUAAAUUUAGGGAAAGUGGUGACCACACCAAGGGAUUGCGCGUGGCAGUUUGAAAAAUAUUCGUAUAAUUAAACGUAUUUUCAAAUUUGUUUAAAUAAUAUCGUACCUACCUAAAAUAUUACUAUCAUAGAUAAUAAAUAAAUAGGUGAUUCAUUGUGGCUGACACGGUCAGCCUUAAUAUAUUUUAUAAAGUGCAACUUUUUCUUCUAGUAUUAAGAUAAUAAUGUAUUACUAAUGAAUAACAAUUAAAGAAAAUAUAUUUAAAAGUACGGCAUUCGACUCAGGAGACACUAUCGGAAAAAAAAAAACUUAUUGUCUUAAAUUAUUCUUACCAUUAUUUGUUAACCGUACCCCAUAAUCGAAAAACCUCAAACAGUACCUUAUAAUGCCGGAGAAAGAUACAAUCGUCAACGAUGAUUCUCUCUUCCCAAAAAAUACUAUGUCCUCAAACAAAACCGAUAUAUCUAUUGCCUAUCUGUGUAUCUAUUACAUGAAUCUAUGAUUACUAUGUCAAUCGAUAAACCAUUUAGCAUAUGUUAUUAAAUUUUUAGCUGGGCAACGGACGUACAUUCAGAAUACCGUCGGUCCGGCCGUCCGGUUCAUUAUAUAAGACUGUGUCGUCAAUCGAAUACGACGUUCUGAUAGCCGGUAAGCUAAAGGUUAAAUGCCAAAGCGAUAUAUACCACGUGAUCGGGUCGGAAACGGUAGUGAUGCUGGACGAAGACAAACCGAGACUUGCGUCCAUCCUUCAACCUCAAAGCCAUUCAACGGGUAAGCACUAAUUGUUAUCAUUAUAACUAUUAUAAUUUUUAUAAUAAUACUAUAUUUAUAAUUUAAUAUUACAUACAUACAAGUAUUAUAAAUUAUAAUUUAUUAUAUAGUUUGAUACAUUGGUUAGUUUUGGAGAUUUCGAUAAAAACAGAUAUUAUAAUAAUGUCGUGUCCAAAGAUGUAUAGUUAGGUAUUGACAAGACCAUAAUUUAGGGCAAUAGUAGAAAAUGGCGCGGAAUUCAGGAUUUAAGUUUAUUAGAGCAGACAUUUUUGUGCGGCUAGACUACCGGAGACGCUAAAAAGAAACUACGACAGUCCUUUCCUCUAUCUCCCCCCUCACACCCCCGAGAAAACAGAACUGUAAAAAUCCGUGGAUGAAACGAAACAAUUUGUUCCCCGUGAUAACUCAACGUUGACUUGGGCAAUAAAUCGACAAUUUUUUUUUUCGAUUACGUCCUGACAUAAGCUGGCAAAGCGAACGAAUGGAGAUGGCCGAAAGCCUCAGAUGACGCAAUAUUGGAAUAUUUGAGAUUAUGUAUCUAUAUUAUUAUUUUUAACUUUUUUAGUUUCUUUAUCAGACGUACGGACAAAAGAUAAUUGACCCCGUUUCCGCUUAAAACCUUGUUGUUUUUACGUGCACAAGUCCUCAGGGGCGAACGCAGGAAAAUAUUUCGAGGGAAGGGGUUGAAAAAGUAUAAAAUGUUCAUCAUGUAUCAUACUAUUCAUACUGUAUUACUCUUUAUUUUAGGUACUUAUAGUAUAUAUAUAAAUUAAUUAUUACAAUUUUUCAAUAAAAAAUAAAACAUUGUAUUUAUUAACAUUAAUAUUAUCCGUCAUGUAAAUUUAUUAUUUUAUAUUUGGGGAAAUGUUAUUGUACUGUGGGUAUAUUAUAACAAUAGAAUUUAAAACUAAAUAAAUAAUUAUAUAAAUAGUUAACAAUAACUCACAUUACGAUUAGCACCAGAUUGUGGCAUUUCGGGUUUCCGUCUUUUAGUUGAUGGACUGUCUACAGACGAUUUGUCAGAAUCCACGUGAAUCGGAAUUUAAGUGGUAUUUUUAUUUUGUGGUUUAAAAACCUUUGAAAAUGAAUUUUUGUAUUUGAGUUUUAUAUUACGCCAUCAUAACAAUACGUCAAAAUAAGUGAAUGGUGAUACCAAAAGAUAUGUAUUCGUUAGCGGUUUAGGCGUAUGGUUUAUAUUGAACAAUGAAAUUUCUAGAACUAUCUAUAUUCUAGAUAAUAUAGAUCAAUAGCAACUUUUCGUAAUAUAUUGGUGGCGAUGAUAAUUUAUUAAAUUUGUCUAUAUUACGUACAUCAUCGAAUUAAACCCCCGAAAACUUUUAAAUAGCUAAUAAUUACUAAUUAUUGUUAUUAAAAAAUAACUAAUAAUUUUUUAUUAAAUGUAUUAAUUAGUAUUUGUAGGUCAGGUAAUUUAUUUUUUGUUCCUGAUAUUUCGGGGGAAGUUUAAACACCCAAAUCCCCCCUGCGUUCGCCCCUCCUAGUCCUACACUCGUAUACGUAAUAAUAUGACGUAUUGUUACUUGGAAAAGCGGUACACCUGAAACAUAAAAAUAACAGUAGAAAAACUAUAACAAUAUAGACCUACUUAAAUUGUAUAUAUAUAUAUAUAUAUAUCUACUUAAAUUUUACGACAAAACUUUGUCGUCCAUUCCCUCUUGAAAUACAUAUUAGAUUUUAUAGGUAUACUAUUAUAAUAAUAUAGUCAGUAUAAGUACCUAUAUAUUAUAUUUGUUCGAUAUUCAUACAUAAAACUAUUAUAUUGAAACGCCAAGUAAAUACAAUAAACAGGUACCUUUGUAUUUGUGUUACCUAUAUCGAAUAUGAAAACAAAUAAUGGCAAUAGUAAGACCGUUCUUUGAGAUACAUAUUUAUGCCCGAUUUUAGUAUAGAUACGAUAUAGCUAAAAUAAUAGUACGUAAUAAGUGUGUUCACCACUGUCUGAGAAAUCUCAAUUUGCUCGAUUAGUUUUAAAAUAUCAGAACGCCGAUGUGAUAAAAACAAACGUGACAUCGUCAAUAAUUCGACUUCGGGACGUUCUCUCGAACUGAAGUAAUUUUAUUAUAUUUGUGACGUGUAUAAUAGUCGUGCGCGUGUAACACAAUACGUUUCGGCAGAUGUUUUUCGGCGACAGCGAGUAUUCGCGUUCCGUGUAAACUUGGCAAUUUAACAGAUAUUAAGUUACAGCCAAUGUCAAUAAACUAGACGAACCGUUUUAAUAAAAAUAUAUUAUAAUACUUCACUGUUAGGAAAAAUUUCAGUUAGCUUGUGAGAUUAUUUUUAAAAGAAUAUUGACGGUCUGAAGACAUGCGUAUUGUCACGAUAGACCGGUAACAUCCGAUGUCAGAUCAAUGUCGAUCUCCCUUUGUUAGGAUUUAUUUUUAUACAUUAGUAAGUAAAUCAUAAUUUCCGAAAAAUUUGAUCUUAAUAGAUCAUUAUUUUGUUGUCAGUUUAUCAAGUAAAAAUACAGUUUAACAGUGUGUAUAUUGGCAAUUUUAUUUCUGGUAUAUUUAAUUUAUAAUAUUAUAUUAAUCGUAAUAAAAGUGCUAUGAAAAAACGUUAUUUAACUACACAUUUUAGUAAUAUUUGUACACGCGUGUUUAUUAUUAAUACCUAUUAGAUAAUUAAUAAUCAUACAUUUUUGUACAGAAGUCGACCGUCAAAGCGAAAAUAUAUAUUCUUAGUAUAUUCUAGAGAAAAAUGUUGUACCAUCCCUGACGUACGCGGUUCAUCCGAGAGGCCGAACAGAAAAAUCACGCAUAAAGUAUUACUUAAAUUUUACGAAUUUAAUUAUAGUUUGAAAUACCUGCGAUAAAAGUGUGAGGAUGUUUCGAAGCCUUUUUCUAAAAUAUCUUAUAAUAAUAAUUUAUGGUAUAAUAUUAUAUAAGUUGCGAAUAAAAUUAACAUACAGUUAUAUUAUGAUAAAUACGUAAAACAUAACUUGCAUACAGGUUACCCCUCUAUACAACACUAUAGUUUAAAUGGCAUUUAAAAUCGCUACGAAAAUAUUAUUUUAACGCCGGUGAGGUUUUUACCAUUUAUGUGGAAAAACUCGAUUUUUCGGUAUACAAUAAUAAUUAUUAUUUUGCAGUCACAAGUCACAUGUAAAGAGCGCCCUCUAUCGAUGACCGUUUUUCGUGUACAAAAGGCUAGUCUAUUAGUAUAAGACCUUAUGUUAAAUACCCAUGAAUCCAAUUCAAUUUUGACCGAUUGCGUACGAAGUAUGUAAUAUUAUAUUAGUAUAAUAUCACAUAGGGAAUAUUUAAGAGAGAUUUUGGCGGUUUAGUUUAUUAUUUCUCAAUGACGACAGCAUGUCAAUAUGAUUUUAUCAUAUUGUAGCUUAAUACCGGAACACCUCAAAAUCACGAAUUUGGCUCAUAUGGUAGGUUUUUCCCCGUCAAUCAGUUAUUAAAGUGGGGAAAUAUAGUCACCCGCUUCUUAAUUAAUAUAAAAUGUAUUAGUCACAUUUAGUUUGAGUCUUCGAAGUCCAGAGGGACGCCACUGAGACAUGUUAAAUGAAUUUUUAAAAACUCGAAUCAGUUUUAUUAAAAACAACUUCUUUAAUACUUCUUUAUUUUUAAUGGGCAGGCAUACAUAUGCAUAGGAUAAUAUUUGUAGAAGGUUGCAGUUUUUAUUCUAUGAAUGUAAAAUGUUUAUGAACAAAUGAUUGUGAGUGAAGAACGCAUCAUGUCUCCAUGAUGGGUUUCUAAAAGUUUGGUUAGGUUUAAUUAGUUCUCGGGUACGCCCCUCAAUUUUCAAUGAAAAUAUAAUUCCCCUUCGAAAUUUUUUCCACUUUAACCAUUGCCAUCAAUAAAAAUACGAUAAAAUAGUGUGUUUUCAUUGGCGAUAACUUAUUGUCAUCAAAAUAUAAUACGCGUAUGUAAGAAAUCCGGAUGGGAUAUUUCGCGCACAUAUGCGACGGUGGACAUAUUUAUAUACAAGGUCAUUAAAAUAAUAGAGACUCGGGGAAUGGACUGUGACCAUAACAGAAAUACAAUCUAUAUAUAUAUAUAUGCGGGUAGAUUUUGUGUUUUCAAAGGUCAUUGUUGGUUUUUUGACACGGAACAAUAGAGAAUGACGUGCUUUUAACGCGUGAGGAUUCGGUACAAUAAUAGUUUUAGGGGGACCCGAGAGUGUGUGUGUCAGUGACCCGGGGCGUGAACUGUUCUACUACAGAUGAUAUGUAGGUAGGUUUGUGGAUGGAAAAAAUUAGGAAAAAAUGACAUUGGUGACACCUCUUCAAUAGACACACUGUCCGUAUGAAAUAAAACUUUUUCACAAACGCUGUUACGAGAGAGAGAGAGAGAGAGAGAGAGAGAGAGAUAGAUAGAGAGAGACAGAGACAUAGAUAUGACUUUGCAGUCUCCCGGGAAAUCAAACAUCGGCAUGACUUGUGUACGAAAAGUAUACGAAAGAUGAUGGGCACCCUCCGCAUAAUCAACAAAAUGACUGAUGUAAGCGAGAGAACACUCUGCUAUAUCGUAGGCAUCGUACUUGCAUUACGACGAUUGUUGUUAUUACGAAUAUUACGUUUAUAAAAUACAACGUGUGUAUUUUUAUGUUAGUAAGUAUACGAGUAUGUUACAAAUAAGCGUAAAUAUAUAUGUUGAUCUAUGAUCAUAGUCUAUAUAGACGAUAAUUUUAAAACGUGCAAGCCCCGUUGAGAGUUUGCUUGUUAAUAAGUUUUUUUCUUUUAAUUUAUAUUUUGCCCCAUUAAUAUGUAUAUUUCGUGAUUAAAGUAAACUAGUUAUAGUAGGUACAGACUCUUCAUUACCUAUUUCCACGUGCGAAAUUUUUUUUAAACAUUUUUUGGUUCGUGUAGAUACUCGUGACUAAAACCAAAACUUCGCGUGUAAUAUAAUUUCACAUACACGUCCCUAUAACGACCAGUUGUUUAAAAAUGUAAAAGUCAACGAGAAUAUUUUAAAAAAUGUAUGUUAUACAUUAUGUUAUAUGUGUUUCAAUACCAUAAAAAAAAUUGAACGAUAUAAGUGAAAAUGGAUAUUAUAAUAUAGUCUUGAGUGACACGGCGAAGGAAUCCUCUCCUCUGAGAUGAACUUUAAUAUCGGUUGUUUAUAUUAUUGUUUAGUGGGUCACAAAACAAAUGCCUUUUAGCCUUUUUUUUUUUUUUUUAUAAGUUUUCAAGAGUGUUUAUGAGGUAACAUUUACAAUCACAAAAAAGUAAACUGUUAUAAUAUAAUAAUAAUAAUAAUAAUAAUAAUAUCGUAAUCGGUAUAAAUUAUUAGUUUUAUUAAUUUUACAUUUGUCAAGAAUUAAUUAAUUUUUUUUUUCUCUAACUAAAUAUAAUAAUUAAUAUAAUUUAUCUUAAGAGUGGAAUAUUAAUUCCUAACAUUAAAACCACUUGCAACAAAUAUUCGAAUAAUUUAAUCAGAUUAAAAAAUAACAAUCACUUAAAAUACUUUAUUUAUUUAAUUUAAUCUUAAAUUUGUCCCCACCUCUCUCUCAACUAAAAAAAAAAUAAAAAUAAUUUAUUUCACUACAACAGUUGAUUAUUAAAUAACUACUAUAAUACAAUAAUAUUGGUAACUUAUAGUGUACUAUGCCGUUCAUAAUGGUAACUAAGCAAAUAAUAAUAGUUUUGUACGAACUUAUGCAAUAAAUCACAAUUAUUUAAAAUACUUACGAUUCAUAUGAUAUUUGUUUUAAAAAAAAAAUUUGAUUAUUUAUGAAUAUAAAAACUAAUUAAUAAAUUGUGUGCUAAAAAAUUAUUAUAAGAUCGAGAUAAAUUUAUAAUACCUUUACGGUAUAUUAAACUUUUAAUUUUUUUUUUUUUUUGGUUUUUCAUUAAAUUUAUAUAAAUUCUUUUCUCAACCUUUUUCCAUUGUUGAGUUCGUAUUGUCAAUAUUGAAUAAAUACUUUUUAAACUUAAUUUCAAUAAAAUGUGUUUUGAACGAAAAGCAAAGUUCGUAUAAAGACCUUAGUCAACAUAAUUUUUCCAUUAUUAUCGCGACCUAUAUUAAUGCGCUAUACCAAUUACAAUAAUUAAUAGUUUAUUGAACUAACUGUGUAAUUUUAUUAAUAAUAUUUUGAAAUUUAAUAUUUAAUUAAAAUAUCAUUAUUAUAGAAUAUAUACUGUUAAUAAUAAUAUUACUACGUUUAUCCGUUCGAGAAUUUUAAUCUAGUCAUUUUAUAUUAUUUCGAAUAGUACUCAUAUACUAUACAGAUAUACAAUCAUAACGAUUUGAAAUGAUGAUUUGAAAUUUUUACUUUUAAUUAAAAUUAUACGAUCGUAAUGAUUUAAGUAAAAAACUUAAUAUUUUGCAUUGCUAUUGUAACGGAAUAUAUCAAUGCAUCUAUUACAAGGAAAUAGACCAAUAUUGUUCAAAUUGACGCAACGAUGACAAUGUAAAAGUAAUCAUUAGACAAAAUGCUAAUUCGAUAGUAUAAAACAAUACGUUUAGGAUUGAGACAUCUAUACACUGUUGUUGUUUUAAAUCUUCACAGAUAUAUAUAAAUAAUCAACCAAAGCAUCGCAGAUGAGUAUAAACACCGGCGUAAUUGGUAAAUUUCAAACGAACAAUCCGUAAGAUUCUAGGAAUCAAUCAUAGACCUUAUACUAAUAGACUGGCCUUUUGUACACGAAAAACAGUCAUCGAUAGAGCGCGUUCUUCACUUGUGACUUGUAACUGCAAAAUAAUAAUUAUUAUUGUAUACUCAAUGUAUUGUGUAUUUGUAUUAUAAAUUUGGAUACCUGGUUAUUUAUAGAUAUUUACUUGAUUAAUUUAAAAUGUUUUUUAUUUGUUUUCGCGAACAGUAUUAUAAAAUAUUAAGCCUAACCUUCUUCUAUAUUAAAUUAUUUGUUAUAAUAAGCUCUACUUACUUGGAUUCACGUUGUAUUAUAAAUAUUUAAUGAAUGUUAAUAUUAUUAUUAAUUUUUGUUAAUAUAUAAAAAAAGUUUUUAUAACUGUUAUUAAUUUCUGUUAAUAUAUAAACAAAAGUGAUUUAUAACUAUUUUUUGGUAUUUGAGUUUAUAUUUUAUAAAUAGUUACAGUCCUAUGAAAGCCCCAUAAGAAAAUAAGAGAAAUGAUAAUAGUACGGUAUUAUUUUAUAUUGUACAUACAAGGAAAACACUUAUGUGAUUAUACUAUACAUCACUGUAGUAUGUCUGACCGAUUUCUACAACAGCUACUUUAUAAACAAGGCCAUUCUAUUAGUAUAAGGUCUAUGGCGUCAAUGCAAUCUAGGAAUGAACACUGGAAUCGAAAGGUUCAUUAAUUCUGUUUCUAAAAAACAGGUAUCCCUUCUACUAGAGAGGUGAUCAUCACAGCAGCGAAAUUGCUGACGAAAAUAUUGGUAACGUCGGUCUUUGGUAACCUAAAAAACAAAAGUAUCCAUCGUGCUAUACAAAGGAUAGAAUAUUGAAAAACCACUUAACUUUACAUGAAUAAAUAAAACCCAAUUAAAACUCAGUUGAACACAUUCGCCUCGCUAUUAAAAUAAUAUUAUACAUUUAGUAUAUUCAACUCAAAACAGAGGUAAAUCAACACAAAGCAAAGCAAAGCUGGUUGAAUUGAAUUAUUUAGCAUAAAUCAUACACACAACUUCUACGACAUCAAGGUAUUCAACAUAUUAACAUUCAAGAAGUCCCGAAGAAAGAAGUCACAGAAAACUGACCACUGGUCAAUCCAGUUUCCGGAAUCUUCAAGGCGAUAUCGACGGAGACACCAAACGUCAAAUUCGCAGAAAACAGUUCGAUAUCAUAUUAAUUCCACUUCAAUAUUAAUGGACCUCCAAUAAGUAUUGAGAAUUCUGAAGACUGUAAAAAGUUGGCUGAUAAUAGAUGUGCCUACAUUGAUGUGUCUAAGGUACUAGGUCUAAAAUAGCAUAAAAUAAUUUAGACAUAGUUGAGGAUAGAAAUGGUUUAUGGCAUAUUUUGUCAACUAAAUAUAUAUGUUUAUAAUUUAAGUGUUUCUCUAAUCAUUAGGGUUCCUAUAGUAUUCUGUGUUAACUGUAAUUAAAUAAGUAAUGUUUCUCUUAAUUAACUGUUAAAAAUUGUGCUUUCUUUUUUUUAUUAUUAUUAAAGUUGCAUUUUGAUGCUCAUUUCAUUGUUGAUAUGACUUUAUCAUUUUACAAGCUCUAAUUUGAUAGUAUACAAAUUACAUAUAAUUAUUAUUAAGUUAUGUCUAACAUGUGAAAUAGUUUUUAAGACUUAAGUACGUGUAUAAAAAUUUACUAAACAGGGUAAGAAAAAAAUUGUUUGUAUACAUUUUGUGAAUUUGUUAACGUACUAUCUAAGAGCUUUGCAAAACAAUUAACUACGAGCAUAACGACCGUCUUUUUAAAUGGUUAAACCAGAUUAGUUGUAUGUUCAUAAAAUUAUAAUAUUCGUAUCUUAAAUUUAUAAAAUAUUAGCGUAUACCUUACAGUUUUUUUUACUAAAACAUCACUGUUUAUAGAGGUCUUUAAAAUAAAAAAUUAUUUCUUACAUUUUAAAUCUAAAAUAUUACCGAUUUAAUAUUUACGCAUAUAGAACACGUUAAUAUUUUUACCCUCUAUUCUGCUCGUUUAUAGUUUAAUUUAAAAAAAUAAAAAAAUGUUUAAUUUAUAUAUAUAUAUAUAUUAUAAAUAGGUACCUAGUAUAAUUAAAGUCAAAUUUACAAAGGUACCUAUAUAUAAAUAUUAUAUAAAUCCAACGUAAAAAAUAUAAGGCACAUAAUAAAAUAUGAUUUUAUGCCGGACAAAUGAGGGGUGAGUAUUAUUAUAAUUAGUGCAUUAUUGGUCACAGAAAAAAUAAAAGGACACAAAGGACAAAAUGCGAGUUUAGUGUAAAAAUAUGGUACAGAGGAGGGUAAACAUAUUUCCCCUUGGGGAAUGAUGAUGUAACGGGUCGGUCAUUGCUUAGUCGUAAAGUCUAAUAGAUCUAUUUUUCGUAUAAAACCUCGGAGGCCGUUUGAAAUCCUUUUUCCUUUUAAAUCAAAUGUAAGUACCCAUAUGAAAAUGUAUACAAAUUAUUCCAUUUAACUAAAAAAAAAAAAAAUGAAAUGUGAUGUACUUACCUAAGUAUUUAAGCCACGGAUUUUUAAUAUAUAUUUAAUAUAACAUUUAAUUAAAUCUAAAACUCGGGUUACUUUUUAAAAAUGUACGUAAAUAAAUACAACAUCAUGUAAAAUGAUAAAUUUAGAUACAUUGAAGGCCAGUGAUAUAAAUCAGUUAAAUCGUAAUUUAUAAUUUAAUAAUUAACAAUAUACUGUAUCAAAAACAGUAGGUAUCAGACCUGAUGCUUCUGACAGGUUUUAUUUAAUUCGUAUCCGACCACAAUGAUAAAUACUAAUAAAAUACGAUUCUGAGUGAAGUUCGGUUAAUUGCAUGUUUUGAAAUGCCAUGAUUGUUGUCAACAUAUUAACUUUAAAUAGCUUGAAAAAAAAAACAUUUCUUAACAUGUCUAUGGUCGUGACCGGUGCUACCUGGUGGGGAUGCGCGCCGCCAUACGAAAACUGGUCGCGAGUCGUGAAAGCGGUAUGUUCUUUUUUGAAACAAAGUAUAUGUAUGCUCAACUUUUUUUUUCGAGCCAAUAGUUAACUAUUUUAAUGAAUCUCGUGUAUCAAUUUUCAAACUUCUCAGCCAAAAUAAUCGUAUUAGCAAAAUACCAAAUAAAAACAAAAAAAAAAAAUUUGGAAAGAUCAAAAAAGGCUUAUAAAUAGGUCAAAAAUUACCGAAAUUUAUUUUUUUUCUUCCAUAUAGAAAAUGCUGAUAUAAGUAUUCUGUCAAAAUUUCUGAUCUUUAUAAUAAGGUUUAAACGGAAUUAAAAGAAAAAAAAAACGAUAUCGGAAAUAACGCAAACCGUCAUUGAGAUUCCCCGUGUUUCCCGACUAUAAGGAAAACUACACACCUCGAUAAUUUUCCAAUUCGAUUGAAUUUUCUUUCAGAAAAUAUGCUACACUAUGAAAUCGAAGAAAUAUUUCUUGAUAAAAAGUUUUUACGGAGAGAAAAAAAAAAUACACAGCAUACACACACACAUAUAGUAAAACCGAUACGUUCGUUACUGCGCUCAGAACUUAAAAUUAAAUUUUAAAACCGUAUAAAUAAUGUACUGAAUAAUUUUUACUAACGGUCUAUCAACUUAAAAACCGUAUUAUGACUAUUUGUAACAUUUUGUCCGGAGACCUUGUAAAUUGUUUAUAUUUAAAUAUGAUGAUAAAUUAUUAUUAUAAUAAAAUUAUAUUAAUUAACAAUUCAUAAAUCGUUUUUUCGAAGCAAUAUUUUACUAUUUUAAUAACAAUCCGAACAACUCAGGAAUAUUAAACUUAAAAAAUAAUAUUUCCUGAAUGUUUUAAAAAAAAAGAAAGAAACGCAAUACGGGUUACGGAAAAUAGAGUAGGUAGCUUUAAUAAUUAUGUAUAAUAUAAUUAUAUUUACUGUAGGUACAGAUCAAAAUUAAAAUUACUCGUAGGUGCAAGCACAUUUUCGAAUAUUUAAUUUUUUAGUGCGUGUUUAUGAAUAUUUUAAAAUUUAAAUCGCUCGAAAUAACGAAAUUGGCAUAUUUUAGAUUCGGAGCAUAGCAAGGAAUUUAUUGGUUUUACAAUGAUUUUUAAUUUUUUUUUUUCUGUAGACAACUUUUCUACCAGAAAAUUUACCAGAGAUUUUCAAUUAUAGCACUUUUUAUAAAAAUCAAUUUUAUCUGAAUGACACUUGAAGAAAGUCAUUUUAUUAAUUUUUCAGGCGUUUUUCAAAAUAAUUUGGGAAAAAACUUAGGAAAAAUGUACGUACAUGCAAGAAACUUCGCUUCGAAUCGUUUUUUUGUUAACAGUUUUGUUUAUCAGUGCGUACAUAUAUAAAUUUAAUUCUCCUCUGUAUCCUAUACCUUUCCAACUUCUCACCUUCUGCAGUGAGGCCCACCAAUCGCGAGAAGUAAGUCUGUCUUUUUUUUUUGUUUUAACACCUCCCGAAUUUCAUUUUUCUUCGAGUGGAUUUAAACAUUACAAAUACCGUUUUCACGUAUGUUAUUGUGAUAUCGUGAUGGUUAACAUCGUAGCCUAUGAAACAACGUUGAUCUGGAUUUCACUUUGGACGCUAAAAAAUAGCGCAUACGCUCGCAUUACUCGACGAGUUCUGAUGAUCGCGUCCGACUCGCGUUGAUUAGCAGCCAGAGCGUAUGCCACGAAUACUUCUAACAUUGCGGAUUACGGGAUUAGGGAAUGUAAAAAUUUGCGAUAUCACUACGCCGGCGUGCGCGCUUUAGAAUUUAAACUCCGUCACAACGGAAUGAACGCAAAUAUGAACUCGUUCAAUGCAUAUUCAUAGGGUUGAGAUUAUCGCCGUAUCGUCUAUUCCGUAUCCAUCGUAUGUUGCUAGAGGACUCUCCCUCGCGCCUAUUAAUCUCGCCCGCGCCCUCGUACGGGUCGACGUCAGAAUUAUUGGCGGAUCCGACCGAGCCCCGCGACGACACGACGCUUUAAUUCUCCAAUACGCAUAAUUUGUCACGGCCGGUGUAUCAGACGGCGCGCGUGGUCCGCGCUGAAUUCCUCGCCAUUAAAUUGUAAUACAUUGCGAAUCGAGGCGAACGUCGCGCGUGGUCUUUGGAAAUUUCUCGGCGCAACACCGCAGAAUAGAUACAAUCAGAAAGGACACACUAACGAUUUAAAACAAAAACGCGGUGACGGGGGAAUUAUGUUCGGCUACAAUCUUCAAUGCGUUUUAAUAUUGCAUUAUACUUACAUUAUUUGAUUUACUGUCUAAUUAAAAUUCACUCCGAUUUACUUUGAAUAGUGAAUAAUCAUCAUUAUGGGACGCUAUUAUACGUUCCUAUAAAAACUGUGGAAAUAAGAUAUCGGAAAAACAGGAUAUUUUAGUUAUUUUACUUUUCCUAAAGAUCCAGUCAAAAGUUAUUAUUUAAUAUUUCUCAAAUCACAUGAUUAUUAUAUUUUAAAAUCGUACCACAUAUUUCUUUUGAGAUGUAACCAGAUAUUUUGUUAAUUUAUAAUCAUAAAAUACAUUAAUAAUAUAUUUAAAACCAUUAAAUAUCUAUGAAAAAUCAUAUAAAUCUCGAAAAAAGUUAUUAACUUGUAAUAUGGUUACAUUGAUUUCCAUAUUCGGCGGAAGACGACUGCCAAAAAACGUUCGAUGUGUACGUAUUCGUAUACUGCCCAUAUUAAUUGAAUUCCGCCACAAUUGGACAUUCUCAGAGAGUCAAAUAAUUGAAAAAAUGUUUUAACUUGGAGUAUGCCGCAAAUUGGAUGGUAAAUAGGGUUGUCACCUUUCCGGGUUUCACCCGGUUAAUUCGGGUUUACAUCAAAACAAUGUCAGUGAAUUAUUCUCCUAUAGUUUACCGAAUCUUUUGCUGACGAUCUUUAAUUGGCUCUGAGAAAUUUGAGAUUGAUGUUUAUGAUAAAUUUUUAAGAUAUUUCAGAUCAAAAUACAGCAAAACAUUUUUAUUUUUUUGAAGGUACGAUUUUUGGGCGCUGCCGUAGCACUCUCUAUGCAGUGAGAUAUUUUAUGAAUCUGGCAACCUUGGUUAAGUCUUGUCAACGUUUCCCUACUGGUCAUAUAGCUGAGCCUGUAGGUACUUCGCGCCGUCUUCGUCCACCGUAUAAUUUUUAACGCGGGUUUUUAAUCUUUAAGUGAGCCAGCAAGUUGAUAUAAAAUAAUAUGAUAAUGCAAUAAUGAGAUAACGUUUCGACAUGCCGCUCAAAGCCAGGAGAUACGUCUGCAAUUACGACUACAUUGGACCCGUUUCCGAUCCAGUCCAAUUCUUCGACUAAUUGGAAAAAAAAACAAAAUCGUUUACAUUAUUAGUAGUGGCUAUAUCUUAUCCGACCUAUCCGUUUCUAACGUAGCCGAUUAGUCGGUACGUCGGAAGGGAGACAAAUCGAUUUGAUUUUUUUUCUGACGAGUUAGACAAAAUUGAGUUUUUUGGGUUCAAUUAUAAUCAAUAAGAAAUUAUAAACACUCCUCUAUGUCGUGUGUGACAACUGGCAGUGUUUUUGAUGAAAAUGUUGAAUAUACUGUAGUUGAAGUUUAUAAAGUAGAAAUAAGUUGACAUAAUUAAAUUGAACUAUAUAAUAUUUGAUAAAGAGCAUUUAAUUAAUAUUGUUCGGUCAAAACCAACAUUAUAAGAUAAAAGGUUGGCCUAGUAGUGUGAUGAAUGGAUUUUGUAGAAGUCAUAGCCUCUGAAUUUUAUCAGUGUAUGGAUGGGUGGUUUGGGUGGCUCGUGACUUAUAUGAUGAUCUCUGUAAAAUGUGUACUAAAAAAUGUACAAAAUGUAGAUAUCAGUUGAAAAAAAACUGUCCUAGUUUAAUGGGGACGGGCGCAACUACUGUUGUAGAUAAUUUAAUGUAUACCUAUAACCAACGAUAAACCAUUUCAUUGCUAACGACAAAAUGAUUCUGAGCCUAGUUCAGUUGAUAAUAAUGUUUUAUCAACAAUAUUUAUGUCAUAUUAUGGUAAAAUAAUUAAAUAGGCAUUAUAUAUUUUCUUUAAUAAUAUUUUAUUUAACCCUCGUUCGGCAACGUUCGUUAUAAACGAUAAAGCGAUACCGUUUCACAGUUAAUGAAUAAAGAUUUAUUGAUUAUUUUUUUUCGUUUCGCACUAAAUAACGAACGUGAUAAAAAUAACACGAUAAGUAAUAUUCAACGGCCGAUUAUUAUUCAACCGAGAUAUUGAUACAUUUUUAAUCAAAGUCACUACAUGAUUUUUUUUUAAUUUCUUCAUCAGCUCAAAUCCGACCGAUUACACCCAAUCGGUUAUAACCAAUCUAUGUUAAUGCGAUGCCUUUGUAUGCAGUGAAGGGUUAACACUCGACCGUUCGUAUUGUUAUGCCGAGACGAGAGGAAUCUCAUUCAGCAUCCAGUGUACCUAUGUCAUAUUGUUUUGUGAGUUUUCCACUCAUACGUAUACUUUCGAUUUUAUACGUAAAUUCUAUAUUGCUACUCUAACUUAGGUUUACUCGAGUUAUAACUAGGGUUGCUACCACCUUCGGUUUUAUACAUAUAAAUGUAUGCGUUCAAUGAAUUAUUGUCCUGGUCUUCGUGAAAUUAGUACUAUUUAGAUAAUUAUAUAUAGUUUGUCGAUAAACGACGAGAAAAAUGAUUUUCAUACACCAAAAGAUAAAAGAUAAGAUAAAAUAAAAACCCAGUUAUAACCAAUAAUAAGAUGGAAGACAGUGGCUUCGCCAGGAUUUCUCAAUGCUCCCCCCACCCUCCCUGGCAAUAAAAGAACAUUAUACAAAAUUAAAUUGUAUUGUUUUUACUUAUUUGUACACUUAUUAUAUGACCAGAUAAAAUAUUAAAUACAUCCUGCUGAAAUUAAUAAAAUAUUUAUAACUCCUCUUCAUUUAUAAUAACUUAUUGCUAUCAACUCAAAUAAUUUGGAAAAAUCUCUGUGCAGUUUUGGAUUGCAGUCUACAGUAGUCUCUGGUCAGGCUAUCAAUUGCCAUUGCUUUCUCCAUAUGAAUAACUCUGAUUUCGUAAUAAUUAAAGUCAUUUUCGUAAAUAAAAGUAGCAGCUAAAAUUGAUUGGUCGUCAUAAUGUGUCAAAUUAGAUGGCAUGAGUCCUUCUAGUGGUAUAAUUGUUUCUAGUCUUUUAUCAAAUCUUGAAUGUAACUGAGUAAUUAGAUUAUCAAGAAAUGGUAUAAAUAUUGAUAUAUUAUAAUAUUCCUCUGGCGUCUUUCGCAUUUAUAUAGUUUCGGGCAAUUUGUCUCUCACGGGUUCGAGGCAUGCAUAUUUCAACGUCUAAUUCAGAAGCUAUUGUGGUAACAUUUUUCAUUAUUUCCUUAAAACAUUUUUCAGCAUCUGAUUGAAUAACUUCUAAAUCUUCUCUAAUAAUCAUUACAUCAUUUAAAGCUUUAGAUAAGUCUUAUUGUUUGCUUUUUAGUACUUGACUUAAUUGAUUAGUAUAAUAGAAGCAAGUUAUAGCUACUUCAAGAGAGACAAAAAAAUCACUCUUGGUUAUAGCACUCACAUAUAACGACGUUUUAGUUGAGGUUUCAAGAUUUUUUAAAAUUGUAUAAAUGUAAAGUUUUUUGAAAAUAAUAUGUGAAUCGUAUCAAUCGACCAAUCGUGUUUCUCAAAGUUUUUUCAAUCUUGUUUUUUUAACCAUUUUUACUGGAAUUACUAUUUUUAUCAAAAUCACCUCUAUGUAACCUUAAUACCACGGCUAUAGAUAAUAAAUACAAUUUUUUUUCGUUGUAUUAUUAUAUUAAUGACAUAUUAUGUAUUCAUAUUACCAUAGGUACUUACGUACUCUUAGGUAAACAUAUAAUAUUAUAUGCUUAUCUAUGGAUGUACUGAUAUAAAAUCAAUAAAAAUAAAAUACAAAAAAAUACGUCCAAAUGGGAGGGGAGGGCAUCAUUAUGUAUUUCAAUAUAAUGUUGCACGAAUUCGUAUACAAAUACCUAUUUAAAAUGAAUUCAACAGGUAGGAAAUAUUGGUCUUUAGUCCGCAGAAUUCGCGAAUAUGAAUGCAAAUAACCGGGUACCUUUUAAAUAAAGUACCCAUAAUUUGAGAUGGUAUACAAUUCUUUCGUAGGCACCAAAACCUAUACGAAACCGAAUGUUAUGAUUAAUUAUUUAUGUACCCUAAUAAACCUUUCGGUGUUAGUAUAAUAUAUUAUAUAUAGGUGGUAAUAAUAUAAUUUAUAAUCGCAACUGUACCGCAAUCGUUUCAUAAACAUAUGGACCAUAUGGAACCCUUUGGUCACCAUUAUAAAUGGCAUCUACCGUAGAUAAUACACCGUCGACGCAAAGUUCCAUGAUGUAUUGAUUACAAUAUUGUGACAACCGUCAACAGCCAUCAUUAGUAACAUGAUAUCUAUAAACUCGUUUGUAUUAAAACUUGUGUUUCAAACAAACGAAACACUAAGUUUAAUGUACUUUAAUGUUUAUGCACGAAAAUAUUGCUCUAGCCUAAAAUUUGUACGAUAUUACGUUUAAAAUUGAUUUAAUAGAAUUACUAAUAUUGGUUGUAAUCAUCGCUCACCGUUGGAUACGUCCUUCAUUGUGGCGGGCAAUAUUAUAUUCUAAAAUGUUUUCCCCCUCGAUUGCUUUAUACCAAUAUUGAUAAUCACAACAUUACAGACCGUAAUUGUAUUUCUUUGCUUCCUUAAUCUGGUAUCAGUAACAACACAUAGAGUCUAAGACAUAAGACUUUAUGUAUAUAUUAUGGACAAAUUUUAGCGCUAUUUGAUGCAAAUUAUACAUAUUUAUUUUGAUGAAGAUUGUAUAGACUACAGACAUUAUUGCUCUCUUGAUAAUAGUAUUGUACGUUAUUUUCUUUAAUAUCAAUUGAAUUUUCUUUUCUUUUUUUUUUUUUUCAGGAUUGAAAUCGGCUCACCCGGUCGGCACGAUCUUAUUAAUCACAUUCGUGGUCAUCAGAUAACGAGUCCAAACAAAAAUGGGAAAAAUAGUCCAUUCGUUUCCGUGUAUAAAAUGUUUUGUAUAUUAUUAUAUUAUUUUAAUGUGUUGAUUAAGUGUAAAAUGUCGGUUUUAAAAAUAUUAACAUACGUGAGAGGGGAAAUGUUACUACGCCUUAUAUUUUUACCCACGCAAUAGAGCUUUCAGUUAAACAAUUUACUUCACUAAAAUGGAACAGUAUAUUAAUAUAAGUAAUAUUUAUCGAAAUAAUCAAAGAAAAUUAUGGUCAAAUACGAUAAUGGCCACGGAAAACAUGGUAAUUUUUUGGCUAUUUUGGUGUGUGACUGGUUUUACCGGGUUGUAUUUUCCAUAGUCAUGUUUGAUUUGGGAAAUGGUCGAUGGCCGACGACCGUAGAGCUGACAGACAGUAGGCCGAAUAAUAUAUCGGACAGACAGACUAUACGGCCAAAUAAAUUUUAACGUAUCGAUAAAAAAACAACAAUAAUAAAUUUAAACAGAUACGUAUUAUAAAAACCUAUUCAUUAUAAUAAAUUGGUAGUAAAAUUGAAUACAAAAUCCACCGUAUUAAAAAAAAAAAAAAAACCUAUAAAAUGUGUAAUGUGUAUAAUAAACGGUUUAUAAAUCUACAAGUGUGUACUAUACCUUUUAAAAACCUAUGUAUUGAUACAGAUAUUUGGUUUGACAGCUAGAAAGCUAUUACAGCAUUCAAGCGUAUGUAUGAGCGACAUAGGUAGGACAUAGUUUAUAGAAAUUUUAAAAUACAAAAUAUAUUAUUAUGUUGGCCCCUUAUACUGUCGGUCCUACGGUCGUCUCGUCAUCCUGUUUGAUUUGCCCAUUAUUGUACCUAAGCUCAUAUAUUUAAAAUACAGACGAAAUGAUAUUAUCGAUACUAUUAUUUGUAUUAAUUAACCCGGAUUUGGCUAGACGGGACGGCUAAUGAAAAAUACGAAUAAGUCGCGCUUAUUUCCGUAUUUACGAUAAAUUUUACGCCCGGGGGUUCGUACGAUAACCAGAUACUCGAUUCGGCUUUCGUUCGUCUCCUUUUAAACAGUUUUGAACGCGGUCGAGUACAUCGCAAUCUUCGCAUUACAUAUUAUAAUACAUUAUAGUUUGAUGUACCUCUGGUUCAAAAUGUAAUAAUUCAAAACCGACAUUUUAUCACGAUUCAAAUAGGUGUUUUAUGUAUAUUUAUGUAUAAAAACCGUAUUCCAUGUUGUUGUUGUAUAAUAAUUUGUAUUUAUAUACAUACUAUAAUGUAAUUCAUGAUGUUUUUUCAAGUGUUUAUGAUUACGC